AUGCGGUCCUUGCUCCGCAUCGUUUGCAUCAUUGACUCCUUCGGCAAAAACCAGAAGGACAAGCUACAAGCAUGCAUCAACAAGAACUACACUCAAGCUGAGGAGGUUCUGACCAUGAAGAUCAGUGCAGGAUAUCCAGAGUCAAAAUUGGAGAUCUUCACCUGCAACGCUAGUGAAGUGCCUGGCUCUCCUGAGUUCGAUUCCUUGCAUUAUUCACACUUGCCAAAUGGUAUCUCUGCUUGCCCAGCAGUGACUUGUGAAGAUGCCUGUGGCCUUUCUGAUAGCAGCCAGCACUACAAAGAAGUUGAAGUUUGCGUUGGUUUGGGAGCGUGGCAAAACAAGACCAUUGAUACAGCGGAGGGCUGGAGUCGAAUGGGCGCUGCAUAUCAUGUUGGCGCAAAUGUCACAUGCGACAGCAACAGCUUCUUCAACGCAGGAAGUGGCAACUGCUCAUAUGCAGCUUGCCCAGAAAAUAGUUUCCGAAACACAGAGGAUAUUGCUAGCAGUGCGGCCAACCCAACAAAGGGUCCUGGCGGUUGCCCUUGCAAGAUGGUAAUGCAGAGGAAGACGACCACUCCUCUUCCUGUGAUGACAACUAUCGAAACGAAAUGUUUCAAGCAGCAUGGGAAAGCAGUUUAUUGGGACCUGGGCUCCGCGCAGUCUUUGGGAAGCGUCACAGCAGACUUGAAGCCUGGAGUGGCCCGCGUGGAGGUGUACAUUACCAAUAACGGACCCGCCGAUACGUUGUCCAAUACUGGCUUCUGUGGUGACAUUACCGAUAGCACCACUGCCGAUUGCUCCGGAAAGUCGGGCGGACGCUUCCUGGUCCUGAAGGGAGUCACCGCCGGAAGCUGUGUUAUGGGCGACUGUGAAAUCGAGUGGUGUCAAGUGAAGGUUGACAAUGUGGAACUAGCACAGGACCCGAUGGAUGGUACAGGAACGGUCUAUGCUGGUGAGGAGCCCCGGAGCAGCUUUCUCUUGGCAGCCCGCUUGUCCCGAAGGCUCAUCCGGACGAAGCGGUUGACAGAUUGUCUUGGUGCUAUCUCUAGCGCAGCCGAACUGGUGCGUGCUGUGGAAGAUUUGGCAUCAGCUCCCAGUGUUGGACCGAAUGUCCCCGCUUCGUCGAAUCCAGAGGAGCAAAAAGUGCUUUGGCGAUGCAUUCCCAGUGCUGCCAACACCCUGCAGGUUGAGUGUCGCAGGAUGCUGGGUGUGGAGGUAGCUGCUCUUGAUGAUACCACUUUGCGCGUGUCCUGCUUGUCAAGGCGACAUCGACCUGAUACACCAGAGCUCAUGGCUGUGAUCGCAAACUUGGAGCCAUUCGUUGAAUGGCUGCAAAAUGCACAAGGGGCUUCUGGUUCAUUAGCCCUACAUCAUGGAGAUGCACCUGGGCGCACCUUGAGACUUCCAGCCGGUUCCAUCCAGAACCGUUUGUUACCUUUGUGGACCUACUUGCGCAUGUACCUCACGAUGCUGCAGCUCUAUCUUCUUCAGCGCCAUGCAACGAGUGUUGCGACCCGCUGCGAGAUGCAACCGACGGCUGAAGCGGAGUGGCCGCACAGAUGGGUGCGCAUUCAAGUCCCCCUACCUUUGGGCGCUAUGGUGGGUUUUGAGGUGGUCACAGAGGCGGAGAGCACCGAGGAAGCACGAAGCAAACGGCGUCGUUUGGAGGCAACCAAAGCUUUGCCGCAACUACGUUUCUUUUGGAGAGCCGAGCCUUCAGGUGACCGGAUGAAGGACGUGCUCCAGCGCUUUGAGUCGUUCUUUGAGCGAUAUUUGGCUCCAAAGCAGAGGAAAGAAGAUGGCAAUCUUGGUGAGCCAAACUGGGAGAAGCUGCGAGCGUCGCGCCUCUAUCCGCUUUUGGAACUUCUCACUGCGCCUCGUGUUUGGAUGCUACGGGAAGCAGUUAGACUGUUGCCACCAAUCUGCCGGGUCGCAGUGCCUCGCAAAGGUGGCGCUGAAGGUCCUGUACGCAGUUCAUGGCAACCUUUGGUGGAGCAAUUUAAAUUGGCUCCUGAUGAUUCAUCCCAGGCUUUUGCGCAACGGUGGCAGUUGGUUUUUGUCUUGGCAUCACAAAAGAGUCAAUGUCCAGAGCCCAGCCUGAUUCGACGGAUGUCGCAUAAAGACUUGGUUGCUUUGGCUCGUGAUUCCAAGGCCGCAUUUGUUUGA